GGCGCCCGCCAUGGCCGCGUCUCUCCCGAAGCCUGGGACCCGGCUCUUCCGAACGUACGCGGCGAGGGGAGUCCGGAGGGCGCAUUGCCAGCCGGGAGGGCUGGCCGUGCAGUGGUUCCAGCCGCCGGACCCGAAGCGCGCCUUCAGCAGCAGCGGCAGUGACCUGUCGCAGCCCGCCGCUUCCGACAGCUCUGACGGCGCUGAAGACCCUGCAGACCCCGACUUCCCCGGCAGCCCCGCGGGCCCGCGGCGCAGGCGUCCUCGAGGCCGCGGCCGCCGGGACCAGUGGACGCUGACGGCCACCCAGAGGCUCCGGAGCCUGCGGCCUCGGCACCCCCAGAAGUGCAGCACCCCGCGCGGCCGGCUGCGACCGCCGCCCUUCUCCAGCUGCAACCUGGGCUGUCCCAGCGUGGACCUCAGCGUGUGCUGCCAGUCCAGGGUCAGCAACGAGCUGGGUACCAGUGCCUCCUUGUUCAGCCCUCCGGCCUCUUCCGGAGCCCCUGCCUCUCCGGAUUCAGACUGUGCGGCCCCCAGCGGCUUCCAUUUCUCCGCAGCCUCCCCGGAUGAAGCAUCUCUGCCCAGCCCCCGGGAAGCAGCCACAGACCAAGGCAGGUUGACCACGAUGGCCGGCCAAGCCGGAGCCGACUUCAGGUUAGCUCCCUUUAGCCUUGUGGACUCAGAGACCACAGAAGAUAAAGAGUUUGUGGAGGAAUCCUGUCGUGAAAGACAGCAGAUGGGAAACAGACUAAAGGGCCCGGAUCUGGCAAGCGAGGGAAAGGGAAGGGCCAGGGGUCAAAAGGUUGUGUCUCAAGAAACCGACCAGAUGGACGAUGGGGAGGCCAGUGGUAACAGAGACCUUCCAGGACCAGGACAAAUCAGCAGACCUAAGGGAACUGGGCCACUCCAGAAGAGGAAACCCCGGGAAGCAGUGGGAACCUCUGCCCCUCCACACAACCAGUCUAAGAAGAAAAGGAAAGAUUCCGUUCCCUUCCCGGACUUGAAUCCUAACCUUAAGACCUGUUCUUGGGCCAAAACCAGGGCCUCCUUCGGCUUCCACAAGAAGAAAAUUGUAACGAAUGUGUCAGAGGUAUGCAGUAUUUAUACAAUUACCAGUUCUCCCUGUAGGUCCCUCCUGUCUGAAUAUUCGACCUCUCCUCUCACGAACAUAGCAAACAGUACUGUUUCUUCUUGUCACUCCUCCUCUAUGUAUCUGCUAAGCCCCUUAAAGACCCUGCAUGUCACAGACAAAAAGCCGUUUUAUGCUGAAAAGGUUUACGGGGAGUGUAAUCAGGAAGGGCCUAUCCCCUUUAGUGACUACCUUUCCACAGAAAAACUGGAAUGCUGUGAGAAAAUUGGGGAAGGAGUGUUUGGGGAAGUGUUCCAAACUAUUACUGAUCAGACACCUGUAGCCCUAAAAAUCAUUGCUAUUGAAGGACCAGAUUUAGUCAAUGGGUCCCAUCAAAAAACCUUUGAGGAGAUCCUGCCAGAGAUCAUCAUCUCCAAAGAGCUGAGCCUCUUGUCUGAUGAGGUGUACAACCGCACAGCAGGCUUUAUUGGGCUGAACUCAGUACACUGUGUUCAAGGGCCUUACCCUCCCUUGCUGCUCAAAGCCUGGGAUCACUAUAACUCAGUCAAAAAAUCUGAAAAUGACCGGCCUGACUUUUUCCAGGAAGACCAGCUCUUUAUUAUCCUGGAAUUUGAGUUUGGUGGGGUUGACUUAGAGCAAAUGAAAUCAAAGCUGUCAUCUGUGGCUACUGCAAAGAGCAUUCUGCACCAGAUCACCGCGUCCCUGGCAGUGGCAGAAGCAUCGCUGCAUUUUGAGCACCGGGACUUACACUGGGGAAAUGUGCUCUUAAAGAAAACCAGCCUCAAAGAGCUCCACUACACCCUCAAUGGGAAGACAAGCACCAUUCCCACCCAUGGGAUACAGGUCAACAUCAUCGACUACACCCUGUCCCGACUGGAGCGGGAUGGGAUUGUGGUUUUCUGUGACAUCUCCACGGAAGAGGACCUGUUUACAGGUGAAGGGGACUACCAGUUUGAGGUCUACAGGCUCAUGAGGAAGGAGAACGAAGGCCACUGGGGAGAGUAUCACCCCUACAGUAACGUGCUGUGGCUGCAUUACCUCACAGACAAGAUUCUCAAUCACAUGAGCUUUAAGAGUAAAUGUCAAAGCGCAGCCAUGAAGCAAGUAAAGAAAAAGCUGCUUCAUUUCUACAGGACCGUACUGAGCUUCAGAUCUGCCACUGACCUGCUCUGCCAGCACAGUCUGUUCAAAUGAGCCAGGUAGUUGUACUCACCUUGAGAGUACUUGCAAAGCUUCAUUGAGUACAUUUUUAAAGCCUCUGGUACUGUUUUUAAUCUCUGCCACUAGAGCAGGAUGGAGGUAAAUACCCAUCCUUAAGAGUUCCCUCACAGCUUUUUAAAAGAGAAUUUUGUUUUUAAAAGGUAACCAAAAUGUUUGUCAACAUGAUUAAACUUGCUUUUAACAAAUAUUGUUGAGUCCUCUUGUCUGCAGAAUCUACAAACCUGAUGUUGCUGUUUUUGAGCCUUGGUAGCUUAUGCAGGAUGAGCAAAAGCGAGUCAGAAAAGCCCAGCCCUCUGCUGUGGUCCUUACUGUUUCUGCUGCUGUUGCCAAGAUGCAGAGCAGAGAGCAAGAUCGAGACUAGAGAAACAAAAGCAAGAGAGAGGAAUGCACCUGCAAAGGGAAAGUGUGGGAAAUGUUUAGCAAAUUCACUUACCAAUCACAGCAACAGAAGCAGAAUUUACAGAUUUUCAUCAGGAAAAUAAAUGUCUCUGUGGCACUAGUAUUUUGAUUUUUGCUUAUUUUCAUAAUAACAAAAAGGGAAACAUUCUGCUUUAAAAUCUUUGGGGGGGUGUUGUUUCAAGAUAGGGCUUCUCUGUGUAGCCUUAGCUGUGCUGGACUACCUUUAUAGACCAGACUGGCCUCAAACUCACAGAGAUCUGCAAGCCUCUGCCUCCCUGAGCACUGGGAUUAUAUAAUCUUAAUGGCUAAUUUUCCUUCUGACUGUUACUCCUCCUAAUAUUUUCCCAUAAUCAGAUAGUCUUGUUUUUUUUUUGUUGUUGUUGUUUUUUUUUUUUUUGGGGGGGGGGUGUGAUUGAUUGGUUUUUCAAGAUAGGAUUUCUCUGUGUAGCCAUGGCUAUCCUGGAACUCACAGAUAUCCAACUGCCUCUGCCUCUACCUCCUGAAUGCUGCGAUUAAAGGCAUGAACCACCACUGCCUGGUUGAUUUUUGUUUUAAAAAAUAAAACAAAUGCACAUUAGUUUGUGUGCUGGUACAGGUUGAGGGGCAGGGAGACAAGUAGAGAUCAGAGGACCUCAGCGGUCAUCUCAGGAAUGUCAUCCACCUUUGAGACAGCCAUUCAUUGUCCUGGAGUUCAGCAGUUGAGGUAGGUUUCUGGGAUCCUUCACUUCCCUAGCAGUGAGGUUACAAGCACAUACCACCAUACCCAGCAUGUUAUAUGGAUUCUGGGAAUCAAACUCUUUGUGUUUGCAAGGCAAAUGCUGUAACUGAGUUAUUGUCGAGCUCUUUUUAUGUUUUUUCAAAGUUUUGAAUCCAGGGCCUUGUGCUUCGUCUCUUUAGUUUACAACAAGCUCUCACUAAGUUGCUCAAGCUAGUCUUGAAACUUACUCUGUAGCUGCAGCUUAAACUUAGGAACUACCUUGCUUCAUCCUCACAGACAGCUGCAAAUACAGGCCUGAUUAAAGCUGAGCUCAUGUUUCUACCUUUGGGAACCCGUAGUCUCUGGAAAGAAAUGUGGUCAUAGUAAAGAAUCCCAUGGAAAUACCUGA